AUGCACGCAGAAUCACGGGAACUGCCCCAUGGAUGGGCAUCCCUUGAAGAGAGGUAUGAGGUGAUGAAAGAGAUAGGCGACGGCAGCUUCGGUAGCGUUGCACUUGCACGCGUCCGAACCGCCGGUGCUCACAUUGCCCGCCGUGGCACUCUGGUCGCGAUCAAGACAAUGAAGAAGACCUUUGACUCAUUCUCGAGCUGUCUGGAACUGCGAGAAGUCAUCUUCCUUCAAUCACUGCCACCUCACCCUCAUCUAGUCCCUGCACUCGACAUCUUCCUGGACCCUUACAGCAGAAGGCUCCACAUCGCCAUGGAGUACAUGGACGGAAACCUGUAUCAGUUGAUGAAGGCCAGGGACCACAAGCCACUCGACGCCUCCAGUGUGCAAAGCAUUCUUUUCCAGAUCCUUGCAGGCCUUGAGCACAUCCACGCCCGCGACUUCUUCCAUCGCGACAUCAAGCCAGAAAACAUUCUCGUCUCCACAUCACAGCAGAAUGACUCUUCGCAUCCGUUCCGACGAUACUCCGCUAUGAUGACACCCCCAUCGACUCCUCCAGCCUACACUAUCAAGAUUGCCGACUUUGGAUUGGCAAGAGAAACACACUCGAGACUUCCUUACACCACAUACGUCUCGACGCGAUGGUACCGUGCGCCCGAGGUCCUGCUUCGCGCCGGCGAAUACUCGGCUCCAGUCGACAUCUGGGCGGUUGGAGCUAUGGCCGUCGAGAUCGCGACACUGAAGCCGCUGUUCCCUGGAGGUAACGAGGUCGAUCAGGUAUGGAGAGUAUGCGAAAUCAUGGGCAGCCCAGGCGGUUGGGUCAACAAGCACGGUCAGCCAGUCGGGGGUGGUGAGUGGAGAGACGGCGUCAGACUCGCGCAGAAGCUGGGCUUCUCUUUCCCGAAGAUGGCCCCGCACUCCCUUGACACAAUCCUCCAGACACCGCAGUGGCCUGCCAGCUUGGCCAAAUUCGUCACCUGGUGUCUGUUGUGGGACCCGCGAAACAGGCCUACAUCUACCCAGGCACUGGCUCACGAGUACUUUCAGAACGCCGUCGACCCCCUGCGUCUCAAGUCAUCGUCAUCUCGCCUGCUCGGUCGCAAGCAGUCCGAUUUGUCUGGCAAAGACUCCCCCGACGCCUCUCCUAGCAUCACUUCCAAGACUUCCUCGUGGCUACGCCGGUCGUUGGUCGCUCGCGAAAGCGCUCCAGCCGUCCCACAGCACGUCACCCCUGUUCAGCAGGUGUCGCCACGCCCGUCACCACAGCAGGCCAACACGAGUGAUCCAAGUGGAUCGACUAAGCAGCGUCCGAAUGCAGCUAAGCGGGCUACGUGGACAAAUGGAGUGCUCAACAACGGCGCCCCUAUUCCUAUCCUGCCCUCCAUCAGGCCAGUCUCUCCGCUCUCUGCAGAGGUCACCGCACAAGCAAGCGUCCGUGCUGCAGACAAGGAAGGAAAGUCCAAGAUUGGACGACAGCUGUCUCUUGCAUCACAUGGCAACCACUACGCAGAUGCCCACCGCCAGGAAGCAGAGAGAGCGUUGAAUGGCCAGUCAGGCCUUGCCUCCCCAGCAAGUGGCCAUAAAGAGGGCUUCUUCUCGCAUCUCCGCAAGCGUGCUCGACGCUUGUCGGGACGUUACCCAACUCCCAUGUCGCCCAGUUCCGACGACGUUGAGGCUAACGCGGGCUGUGCUCCAUGGGCGGGCUCCGCUAGGUCGUCACUGGUCGUGGAUCAGCCAGUCAACGCAGGACCAUCAACAAACCCGGACUACUCCGAGCUAGACAAGGCCCUUCAGCAUGUGAGGUGCACUGUUGAGAACAACGCAGCAAAGCAGCGUGUUGCAUCGAACCCUGUGCUUAAGAGGCACCACUCGGUGCCUCACGGCCCUGAACCGCGUGUUUCAGAAAAUGGUAUCGGUGCACCAAUCUCCAGCAGGACUAGACGAGCGGCUCAGAGCAAGUCGAAUCCCUCGAACCCCCCUCACAAAUACGAGGCUCCCAACGAGGAGGAAGAGCUACUCAGUGAAGUUCUUGCUUCUGCUCACAAGGCUGCAAAGAAGCUGGACAACCCACAGAACGCACCGCGACACUCGCACUCCCAGACCGAACCUAGUGCAUCUUACCUUACGCCAUCCUCAUCGGCAAAUCGCAACAGCGCAUUCAACCAUAACAACCAUGCUGCGCCUAGUAAGCCUAUGGAAAUCUCAAAGCCUCAUCCUGCACAAGAUGAAAGCGUAUCGAAAUGGCCCACACCACCGUACGAGAACGAGAACGACUGGGCAUCGAGCGUAGCAGCAAGCCUGAUGGCAACGCAAUCGCUAUACCGGUAG